AGACCGGCACUGGUCACACAGAAAGCAGACAACUCACUGGUGACGACCGCAAUCCUGAAAUCGCUCCUCACAGACCUCCAGAAGACCAUCCAGUCAGAUGUCGCCACGCUCCGCACUGACAUCUACGGCCUGACAGGUAGAAUGGGAGCUUUAGAGUCUGCAUCCAGUGUCUGCUCGGACCAAAUCACUUCGCUGCAGCAGGUGGUCCAGGGAUUUCAGUUGCAGAAUGAG